GGGCGUGGGGAGUGCACUUGUACGUGACGUUGGAGUUUGCAGCGAGCCGGGAGUAGGAGGCUGUGCGCGCGUGUGUGGAGCGCUGCGCGGCCAGGAGGAUGUGCGCGGCGGGGCGGCCACCGCAGUGAGUCGCGGCGACAGGAGCGGGCUGCAGCCCGGGGGAGCCGGAGGCGAGGGCCAGCAGGAGGCCGCGGGCCCGGAGAGGCGCGCCGCCCGGCCCCAGGAUGUAGGCGAUCGGUGGCGGCGCUCCUGCUGGCGGCCGGCUCACCAUGAAGAAGCACUCGGCCAGGGUGGCCCCGCUCAGCGCCUGCAACAGUCCGGUCUUGACCCUCACCAAAGUGGAAGGGGAGGAGCGCCCCCGGGAGCCCCCGGGCCCUGCAGAGGCCCAGGCGCCAGCUGGGACAGAGGCUGGCGGGAGGACAAGCCGGCACAACUGGACAUGCACUCAGGAGCAGCUCAGGAAGGUGUUCUGGGGCGUGGCUGUCGUGUUCUGCGUGUGUGCCUCUUGGGCCGGCUCCACGCAGCUGGCCAAGCUGACUUUCAAGACCUUCGACGCCCCCUUCACCCUGACAUGGUUUGCCACCAACUGGAACUUUCUGUUCUUCCCGUUGUACUACGCAGGGCACGUGUGCAAAUCCACAGAGAAGCAGUCUGUGAAACAGAGAUACAGACUUUCCCUGUUCACAGAGUGGAUCUGCUGAGCCAAACAGAGCGCAUUAGCCAAGACCAUGUGACACACAUUGAGACCAGAAGACAAAUCCAGAAACUUAUUGAUGUCCGCAUGGCCGUGGGUCAAGACCCAUUAAAGAUCCCAGCAGGAAAGAGCCUACCUGAACCCAGCUUCUUCUUGAAGUUACCUCACAGGCAGGCACUGCCUGAUGCCUGAGUCACAGAGAGCUGGGGUCAGACCAAGCAGAGAGGCUCCACCAAGUCUUUACUUUGGUAGUUUCAUGCUCCUGGGGAAAAAAACUGGACUUCAGACCCAUCCAGCAGGAGAGAUAUUGUGUCUCAGAAAUGUACGGUUAUUUCCUCUGAUGUCGAUUAACAAGACUGCCCUGGGCUCUGCCCUUGUAGCAGAGCCUCUCCAGGCACAAGCUAGACACUCUUCUGUCUGCAUUGUUGCCCCUGCCUGCUGAUGCUGCCCCUGCCUGAUGCUGCUGCCCCUGCCUGAUGCUGCACCUGCUACUGCUUCUGCACCUUCCU